GUAAAUUAUAUACAUAUGUAUGCGGCGUCUACGUAUUUUACAUGCAGUUGUGUAUUCUUUUUUGAAUCAUUAAUUUCCGAUUAAAUAGAUAUCCAUUACCAAUACCCAUUGUAAAAAAAGCUUCGUAGCAUUCCACUUAGGGCAAAGGACCAUACACCGUUUAAAGUCCAAGACUCUGUUGUAUCCCAGCAGCCAAGAUGUAUCUGUACAACCUGACGCUACAGCGUGCGACUGGCAUCACACAUGCGGUCCACGGUAAUUUCUCUGGCACCAAGAUGCAGGAGAUCCUUGUAUCGAGGGGCAAGUCUUUGGAACUCCUCAGACCAGACCCCAACACUGGCAAGGUCCACACGCUUCUGGCGGUCGAGGUCUUUGGGGUCAUCAGGUCUCUGAUGGCCUUCAGACUGACCGGUGGUACCAAAGACUACAUUGUCGUUGGCUCGGACUCGGGACGUAUCGUCAUUUUGGAGUACGUACCAGCCAAAAAUGUCUUCGAGAAGGUCCAUCAGGAGACUUUUGGCAAGAGCGGAUGCAGGCGGAUUGUACCUGGACAGUACCUUGCCAUCGACCCCAAAGGACGUGCCGUCAUGAUUGGGGCGAUUGAAAAACAAAAGCUAGUCUACAUUCUCAACAGAGACCCGGAGGCACGUCUCACGAUCUCGUCUCCGCUUGAAGCGCACAAAAGCAACACAUUGGUUUAUCACAUAGUAGGUGUGGAUGUGGGUUUCGAAAAUCCUAUGUUCGCGUGUCUGGAAAUCGACUACGAGGAUGCAGACACAGAUCCAACUGGUGAAGCUGCGAUAAAAACUCAACAGACAUUGACGUUCUAUGAAUUGGAUCUCGGUCUGAAUCACGUUGUCCGCAAAUACAGCGAACCCCUUGAGGAGCACGCCAAUUUCUUAGUCUCGGUGCCGGGAGGCAACGACGGCCCCAGCGGUGUGCUCAUCUGCUCCGAAAAUUACUUGACUUACAAGAACUUGGGCGACCAGCCGGAUAUUCGUUGUCCGAUCCCGCGUCGACGUAACGACCUCGAUGAUCCCGAACGUGGGAUGAUCUUUGUCUGCUCUGCCACUCACAAGACCAAGAGCAUGUUCUUUUUCCUCGCCCAGACGGAACAGGGUGAUAUUUUCAAAAUCACCUUGGAAACAGAUGAGGAUGUCGUUACAGAAAUCAAACUCAAGUAUUUCGAUACAGUACCCGUAGCCACCGCCAUGUGUGUACUGAAGACCGGGUUUCUAUUCGUAGCUUCCGAAUUUGGAAAUCACUACCUUUACCAAAUCGCUCACUUGGGUGACGACGACGACGAGCCGGAGUUCAGCUCUGCAAUGCCUUUGGAAGAAGGUGACACUUUCUUCUUUGCACCAAGGCCAUUGAGAAAUCUAGUCCUCGUUGACGAAAUGGACAGUCUUUCGCCUAUUUUGGCGUGCCAGGUUGCUGAUUUGGCCAACGAAGAUACGCCACAGUUGUACAUAGCCUGCGGUAGGGGUCCACGCUCGACGCUCCGAGUACUGCGACACGGUCUCGAGGUCUCGGAGAUGGCGGUUAGCGAGCUGCCCGGUAACCCCAACGCCGUAUGGACCGUCAAAAGACGCAUUGACGAGGAAUUCGAUGCUUACAUCAUAGUGUCCUUCGUGAAUGCCACCCUGGUAUUGAGUAUCGGUGAAACUGUCGAGGAAGUCACAGAUUCCGGUUUCCUGGGUACCACGCCCACCCUCAGCUGUUCUGCUCUCGGAGACGACGCACUGGUUCAGGUUUAUCCUGACGGUAUUCGUCACAUUCGAGCUGACAAGCGUGUCAACGAGUGGAAAGCUCCCGGUAAAAAAAUGAUCAGCAAGUGCGCCGUUAAUCAGCGUCAAGUCGUCAUCGCAUUGACCGGCGGUGAACUCGUCUACUUCGAAAUGGACCCAACCGGCCAGUUGAACGAGUACACGGAGCGCAAGAAAAUGCCAUCGGAAGUGAUGUGCAUGGCUCUGGGCAAUGUGGCAUCGGGCGAACAGCGAUCGUGGUUCUUGGCCGUCGGCUUGCAGGACAACACCGUUCGCAUCAUCUCGCUCGAUCCGUCAGACUGUUUGGCUCCGAGAAGUAUGCAGGCGUUGCCCGCGGCUGCCGAGAGUCUUUGCAUCGUCGAGAUGGGUAUCAAAGACAGCAACACCAACAACGAGGACGGCAAUCAAAACCAAUCAACUCUUCAUUUAAAUAUCGGUUUGCAAAACGGUGUAUUAUUGAGAACAGUCCUCGACCCGAUAUCCGGCGACCUUUCGGACACGAGAACGCGUUACCUCGGUUCUCGGCCUGUGAAGCUCUUCCGCAUCAAGAUGCAAGGCAAUCAAGCCGUACUUGCCAUGAGCAGUCGCUCGUGGCUAAGUUACUACUAUCAAAAUCGUUUCCAUCUGACGCCACUGUCGUACGAGAGUCUCGAGUUCGCCUCGGGCUUUAGUUCAGAACAGUGUCCCGAGGGUAUCGUCGCUAUAUCUACUAACACCUUGAGGAUUUUGGCUCUUGAAAAACUGGGAGCAGUGUUCAAUCAGAUGAGUUUUCCGUUCGAGUACACGCCACGUAAAUUCGUCAUCCACAACGAGUCGUCGCACAUUUUGGUCCUCGAAACCGAGCACAACGCGUAUACCGAGGAAACAAAGCAACAGCGCCGAUUACAGAUGGCUGAGGAAAUGCAAGAGGCGGCAGGUGCCGAAGAGGCUGCCGUCGCGCGUGAACUCGCCGAGGCUUUUCUUUCGGAAGAACCGAACGAGCAGGUGUUUGGUGCACCCAGAGCUGGUCCCGGGCUCUGGGCGUCUCUCAUUCGCGUCAUGGCGCCUACCACAGGCACUACUUUCCAGGUGCACAGGCUCGAGCAGAAUUUGGCUGCCUUGUGCUUGGCCAUAGUGAAAUUCGCCAAUCAAGGAGAUCAGCAAUUCCUGAUUGUUGGUGUUGCUAAAGAAUAUCAACUCAAUCCAAGACAAAGUCACGGAGGAUACCUUUAUACUUACAAAAUAAACGCCGAGUGCACGAACUUGGAUUUGGUGCAUCGUACAACCCUCGACGAGAUCCCACUUUCUAUCUGUGCGUACCAAGGCCGCGUGCUCGUUGGCGUCGGCAAGAUGUUGCGUCUCUACGACAUGGGAAAGAAAAAACUCUUGCGCAAAUGCGAAAACAAGCACAUACCCAACGCCGUGAUCUGCAUUAACGCGAUUGGUCAGCGCAUCUACGUGAGCGACGUCCAAGAAUCGGUGUACGCUGUCAGGUACAAGAGACAGGAGAAUCAACUGAUAGUCUUCGCUGACGAUACGCAUCCGAGAUGGAUUACCACGACUUGCGUCCUUGAUUACGAUACCGUUGCUACAGCUGAUAAAUUUGGCAAUAUCGCUAUUAUCCGUUUAGCGAGUGGAAUAAACGACGACGUGGACGAGGACCCGACAGGCAACAAAGCUCUCUGGGACCGCGGUUUACUGAACGGAGCCUCGCAAAAAGCCGACACCGUGACCUGCAUCCACAUCGGUGAAACGGUGAUGUCGCUGCAAAAAGCCACUCUAAUUCCCGGAGGCAGCGAGUCUCUGGUGUACACAACUUUAAGCGGUACGGUUGGUGUGCUCGUGCCGUUCACGAGUCACGAGGACCACGACUUCUUCCAGCACCUCGAGAUGCACAUGCGCGCGGAGCACCCGCCUCUUUGUGGUCGUGAUCACCUCAGUUUCCGUUCCUACUAUUAUCCGGUGAAAAAUGUAAUCGAUGGCGAUCUGUGCGAACAGUUCAACAGCAUCGAGCCUGCCAAGCAAAAAAGCAUUGCCAGCGAUCUCGAGCGAACUCCCGCAGAGGUGUCGAAAAAACUCGAAGAUAUCAGAACGAGAUACGCGUUUUAAAAACGUUACUCUGCUUGUAUUUACCCCCCCCCCUUUUUUUAUGUUUCGGAAGUACGAGACUUUGUCAAUCGUAGACGUUUAAGGCUAUUUAAUUAUUAAUUAAUUUUAGAUUAGUAGAUAUUAACUAAUAUCCCUACGCAGUAAGAAUACUUGCAUGUAAAAUAUACCCACGAGAUGCACACAAUAUUUUCUUGUUUUUGCUUUUUUAUUUGUCACACAUGCCUAAGGAAUGUUACUUUUGGAUGAUUGUUAUUUCAAAUGAGGAUUUUAGUUUCCUUGGCCUCGUCCGUCUUUUCCUUGUCAAUAUCGUAGCCUUCAAAAAGCACUAGUUCUCUGUUUCAGUCUUUUUUAAACAUGAUCUAAGAAUUAUCAAAAAGUUUAUAAAUGAACGUUUGUAAUAAUUGUUUAAAAAUAGUAUUCACUUGAAACCUGUAUGUAGUUACAAUAAAUUUCUUAAACAAAAGGAUUUAAAAAAAAAUAAAAUCCGUGUAGCAGUUGAGCAAAUGUUUCAAAAGCAGUUUAUUGUUCUCAAUCUUCAGUGGGUGAUUUUACUGAUAGUUGACUUGAAUAUUGUAUUAUUUACUUUAAGUGCUGAAUGAAAUUUAGUUGCAUCUUGAAAUGAAUAGUUAAUUACACGCCUAGAGAGUAAAUGUAAACCUUUAUGCAGAUCUCGUAUAAAUUAUCUAUCUCUUAAAGUAAAGCUAAGGGUGACAGUCAUAAAAUCUGAGACUAUUCCGCUUGCUCCUGUGGUGUGUAAGCUGUUUUUUUGACCAAGUCGACCGGAAACAAUACUUUUUUCGGUCGAGGUAGGCACUAAGAUUUUUUAUAAUUGGUAUGAUUAAAAAAUAAGCAUUUCAU